GGAAGACGCGCGGGCUCUGGGGUUGGUGGCUACACUGCUGUGUCCAGGGACCGCACCCGGGGCUGCCCGGGCUGGGGUGAGGGCGACCCGGGGUGCGGGCAAAGGCCAAGCCGCGUCGGGAGGGCGGAGGCGCCGGGAUACCAGGGCUGGGGCCCAGGAGGCGCGGCGCCGGUGGAUCUGGCCGCUGCCGCCGGCCCGGCAUCAGAACAGCAGUCGGCGAGGUGCAUCCUCGCCCCUGUCUGCGGAAAGCCGGUUCGAGGCACCCGUCCCAUUGCGGUCCCCAAAGCUCCUCUCCUGAGGGUGCGGCUGGGAAAGGACACCUUGGAGGGGCAGUGGGGGAUCUGGUGCCGCAGCACCUGCCCUAGGCCGCCUCUGGGGAAUUUGGAAAAGACCCCCACCCAGUCCGGAGGCCGACAGUCCUCUGGGGUUCCGAAGGAAGCCUGUGUGAACGUUGGGCGAUUUUUGAAGAAUCAUUGUGUUGGGUAGGGGUGCGAUCUGCCUAUAAAAGGCCGGGAAAGAACAAAGUCUGUUAUCCCCAGUCUUCUCUAAAGAGACACCCUCUGGAGCUGAAAGCCUCAAGAACGGGUGCUCUCGCGCCCCCAUCUCUGAUCCUACCAGCUUCCGAGGCCGGUCUGCUCUAAGUAUAUUUCUGCAAGUUCUGGAGGUUGGAGCUGUAUGAUCAGUUUUCUGGAUCCCUCGUCUCCUGCCUUUUUCUCUGCUAGAAGAAUAUAAAGAAGCAUGUACUCAGACCUACUCAACCGGCUGCCUCCCAAGGAGGCAGUACUUGAUUUAAGAGAGGAGCCAGUGUUUCAGAGCUGUUAAAGCCACAUCAGCCUCUAGGAGCCACCAGGUUCUCCUGCCGCAGGGACACGCCAAAGUCCUGAGGGCAGGAGGCUGUGAUCAGAGGAGGACCAUGCAACUUUGAUGCCUCUCAGCAUAGGCUCUGGCCGGUUCCUCACUGGGAAGUGGACAAGGCCAGUCAGGCAGCAGCAUCAUGCUGCAGCAGCUCCUGAUCACCCUGCCCACAGACACCAGCACCUGGGUGAAGCUGCACCAUCCAGAGAAGGCCAAGGAGGGGCCGCCCCUGUGGGAGGAUGUGACGAAGAUGUUUGAAGGAGAAGCUCUGCUGUCUCAGGAUGCUGAUGAGACCCAUGGAGGAAGUUUAAAGGAUGAAGUGACCCCCAGGUCCCCGACAGCAAAAUUCCAGGAACUGUUGACCUUCAAGGACAUAUGUGUGGACUUCACCCAGGAGGAGUGGAAGCAGCUGGCCCCUGAUCACCAGAAUCUGUACCGGGAAGUGAUGCUGGAGAACUAUGGGCACCUAGUCUCAGUGGCAGGAUAUCAACUUUCCAAACCUAGUGUGAUUUCCCAGUUGGAGAAAGGAGAGGAGCCAUGGAUGACAGAGAAAGAAGGCCCAGGAGAUCUGAGUUCAGACUUGAAGAGUAAGACAGAAACCAGUGCGUCAACUGCAAAGAACGACAUUUUACAGAAACAGUUAAAUCACGGCACGAUGAUGGGAAAGUUCAUGAGGGAUGAUGUCAUGUAUUCCACAUGGAGAAAAGUCUCCAAAUAUGAUGAUGAGUUAGAAAGGCACCAUGAUACCCCUGAAAGAGACGCGAGACAACCCAUCUUGACUCACAAGAGGAGAGGCCAAGAAACUGACAAAUUCGGCAAAAAUAUUGUGAGUUCAGAUGUUGUUAUAGAACAGAAGCACCGUAAGUGUGACACACCUAGAAGGCGAAACAGAUGCAAACUAGAUGUAAUUAACCAUCCAACGAGUUACAUAAGAACAAAAACCUAUGAAUGUAAUAUAUGUGAAAAGGCCUUCAAACAACCCAUUCACCUUACUGAACACAUGAGAAUUCAUACGGGUGAGAAACCUUUCAGGUGUAAGGAAUGUGGAAGGGCCUUUAGUCAAAGCGCAUCCCUUACAACACACCAGAGAAUCCACACUGGUGAGAAACCCUUUGAAUGUGAAGAAUGUGGCAAAGCCUUCAGACAUCGCUCAUCCCUUAAUCAGCACCAUAGAACUCACACAGGGGAGAAACCCUACAUAUGUGAUAAAUGUCAGAAAGCUUUCAGCCAGAACAUUAGCUUGAUCCAACAUUUGAGGACUCAUUCUGGAGAGAAACCCUUUACGUGCAAUGAAUGUGGCAAAACCUUCAGACAGAUUAGACACCUUAGUGAACAUAUAAGAAUUCAUACUGGGGAGAAGCCCUAUGCAUGCACUGCAUGUUGUAAAACUUUUAGUCAUAGAGCAUAUCUGACGCAUCACCAGAGAAUCCACACUGGGGAGAGACCCUACAAAUGUAAGGAAUGUGGGAAAGCCUUUAGGCAGAGGAUACACCUUAGCAACCACAAAACUGUUCACACAGGAGUGAAAGCGUAUGAAUGCAACCGCUGUGGGAAAGCCUACAGGCAUGAUUCAUCCUUUAAGAAACAUCAGAGGCAUCACACAGGAGAAAAACCUUAUGAAUGUAAUGAAUGUGGAAAAGCCUUCAGCUAUAAUUCAUCUCUUACUCGACACCAUGAAAUACACAGGAGGAAUGCCUUCCAAAAUAAUGCGUAAAAACAGAUUAUUCAACAUGAGAACAAAAACCAAGUCUAAAUCAGUCAUUCUAUGCUUUGAAUUUCAGGACUCUAAAUCUGAGGAAUUGACAUAAUGAUGCCAACUUCUGAUUUUGCCCACCAUGUAAAUAAAUGCUACAUUGGUAACUACUGAUACCUCCAUACAAAGUACUUAAUCAAGAAUAAAGGAUGACCCUUCAAAUUAAAUUCAACA